AUGGCGCUCAGGGAAGAGUCAGAAGGAAGGUCGCCGCCUCUUGGCAUUAAAUUAUUGCCCACAUUAGAAAACAUCAACAGGAAUUUAGUUUAUAAGAUUUAUAUUGUCAUCUUCACAUUCUUAUGCUACACAUCUUAUCACCUGUCAAGAAAACCAAUCAGUGUUGUCAAGAGUGUCCUCCAUCAUAACUGCUCAAUCUUACCAAAUGGCACUUUUGAUCCUUCACUCAUCAAUUCAACUAUCUGUGAUUGGAAACCAUUUGAUGGCACAAAUGCUCAAGAACUUCUUGGAAGUUUAGACUAUGCAUUCCUGUUUAGUUACGCAAUUAGCAUGUUUAUUAGUGGCCAUGUUGCCGAACGGAUGAAUUUGCGGUAUUUCCUCAGUGGAGGAAUGCUGCUGAGUGGAAUUUUCACAGCUGCGUUUGGACUUGGCAAAAUUUUUAACAUCCACAACAUUAUUUUUUACAUUCUCAUUCAGAUAAUCUCUGGUGUUUUCCAAGCCACUGGCUGGCCAAGUGUUGUAACCUGUAUGGGGAAUUGGCAUGGCAAAGGAAACCGUGGCCUGAUAAUGGGUUUCUGGAACUCUCACACUUCUGUUGGCAAUAUCCUUGGAUCUGUGGUUGCAGGAGAAUUUGUGGAUAGUAAUUGGGGCCUGUCAUUUAUAGUUCCUGGCUUAAUCAUUUUCAUUUUGGGAAUUUUUGUUUUCUUUUUCUUAGUUCCAAAUCCAGAAGAUGUUGGUUGCUCACUUCCUGAUCAAGAACCUGAAAACUCUGUUAAUAAAAUACCACCAACAGAAAAUGAGCCUCUGCUGGGAUCUGGACAAAGCAGUGAAGAGUCUGGAAAUCAGGAAAACAAGAAAGCUAUCUCCUUUUGGGGUGCUCUAAAAAUACCUGUAAGUACUCUUUUCUUUUUUUUUCUCCUUCUCUUUCCCCUUCUCUUUUUUCUCUCUUUCUUUCUUUUUUCUCCCCCCCUUUUCCCUUUUCUCUCUUUUUCCCUUUUCUCUCUUUUUCCCUUUUCUCUCUUUUUCCCUUUUCUCUCUUUUUCCCUUUUCUCUCUUUUUUCUUUUUCUCUCUUUUUUCUUUUUCUCUCUUUUUUCUUUUUCUCUCUUCUUUCUCUUCUUUUGUCUCUUUCUCUCUUCUUUUGUUUCUUUUCUUUUUCUUUUUUUUCUCUUUUCUCUCUUUUCUUUUUCUUUUUUCUUUCUCUUUUCUUUCUCUUUUCUCUCUUUUCUUUCUCUUUUCUCUCUUUUCUUUCUCUUUUCUCACUUUUCUUUCUCUUUUGUCUUUCUCUUCUUUCUCUUUUCCUCUUUUUUUUUCUCCUCUUUCUCUUUUCCUCUUUUUUCUUUCUUUUUUUCUCUUUUUUCUCUUCUUUCUCUCUCUUUCUCUCUUUUCUUUCUCUCUCUUUCUCUCCUUUCUUUUUUUCUUUUCUUUUCUUUCUUGUUUUCUUUUCUUUCUUGUUUUCUUUUCUUUCUUUUAUGAUCAGAUAUUCUUUAAGCAAUGGUGUUGUUGAAUUUUCUUUGUGCUUAUUUUUUGCCAAACUUAUAAGCUACACCUUCCUGUUUUGGCUUCCGAAUUAUAUAAACCAUGAAACUAAUGACAUGCAAACAUUGGCUAAUUACAAUGCUGAAAAGUCUGCUUAUCUAUCAACGCUAUUUGACUUUGGAGGAAUUUUAGGUGGAAUUUUUGCAGGUUUUGUGUCAGAUAAGCUUAAUUCUCGAGGUGCCAUUUGUAUGUUUAUGUUGGCAUUAGCAGCACCAAUGCUUUAUUUUUAUAACAUGUAUGGCAGUGAAAGUUUUGUUAAAAAUGUUUUGUUAUUAAUUAUCUGUGGUGCAUUUGUGAAUGGUCCAUAUUCUCUGAUAACGACAGCAGUCAGUGCUGAUCUUGGUACACACAGCAGCUUAAAUGGAGAUGCAAGGGCAUUGGCGACUGUCACUGCUAUAAUAGAUGGGACAGGCAGCAUGGGGGCUGCUGUUGGACCUUUCUUAACGGGAGUAAUUUCAGAAAAGUAUAGCUGGAACAGUGUCUUCUUUAUGUUAAUAGCAGCAGAUAUCCUUGCUUUCCUGGUGAGUACAUUCAUCACAUAUCAACGAAAUGAACUGAGCCCACUUCUACGGUACAUUCACUACAACACCCAUAAGUUCACAAGUGGACGUGCCAUGCAAGCAGUUUGGUUUUUCCUCAUGCUCUUAAUUAUGUAUUUCAUUGUUCAUUGCAACUAUAUGGUAUCUCCAUGGAGAUGA